GCUGUGGCAAGUCGGAAGCGUUCGCAUCAGCUAGGCAGCGGCCGGGGCAGCGGCGGCGGCGGCGGCGGCGGGGGCCAGGACGGGAGCGGGAAGGGCCGGCCAGGGAAGGCUGCUCUCCCCUUGCGACCGGCGAGCCGGCCUGACAGCGCGAUCUGGGUGCGGAGCCCCAACUCUGCCCUGCCCCGGAUUUCAUUCCGCGGCGGAGGGCUCGGCGAGCGGAAUUCCGGCGGCUGCCGCGACUCCGGUGCAAGGCGAGGGCAGCAUGAACAUCCGUAAAUGUGCCUCUGGGCAUAUUUAGCCAUUCGUUUUUGAUUAGGAAAAAGAAGACGGCCAUCCACUUGAAAGAACACACCAUGGGGAUGAGAGUUGGAUUACAUGGAAUGUUGCCCAGUGAAAUUCCGGCGGGUGCCAAAGAAACGCUCUGUGGAGUGACUGCCUGAUCCCGAGAUUACGUUCCUGCUUGCCUCACGGGCAAAGCUGCAGUGACCGAAGGAGUUGUGGAUUUUCUGAGUUUCAAGAACAGUGAAGUAGGAGAUAGCAGAGAGUGUAUGAAAGAACAUAUUGGAGGGAAGACUGAUAAAGAGAAAUAACAGGAUUCAGGUACACCAUUGAGUUCUUUGGGAUGCACGAAAGUGUCUGGCUGGGAAGCUUAUGAAAUAGAAGACAAGACCCUGCCUCAGGAAGCGUACAUGAGAAUAAUUUUAAAGGAACCCAGCGAUAAAUGCAAAACAGUAGCUGUUGGAGGUGAUGGCAAUGUACAGGAACAAUGGGAGAAGCCGGUAACUUAUAGGAAGCGAAGAUGACAAGAAUUUAAAAAAAUAAUCAUUGCUGAACUAGUAUAUCAGGACAUCAUGCCAUAGAUACGACAUGUCUGCUCUGGAAAAACAUUGAACAAAGUGUUGUGUGUACUUUACUCAAGAUGGACAAAGUGGGUGGACAGCAGUAUAGAAGGAAGAAUCUUGUUCAAAAAUGAGGUGAAUUAAUGCUCAAGCACUCAAGAACCCCGAACAGCUACAUGAAGUGUUUAAAAACUGCCCUGACCACCUCGCCACACAAGUCUGUCAUGAGGCCUGACAGGAUGAGUGCACCACGGAGGCACAGUGUCCUGCCCUGCAGGAACGGUGACUGCUGACCUGCCGGGAGCAAGCGGGGGGCCGCAUGCUGUCUGCCAGUACAAUGAAGGAAGUGGUUUAUUGGUCACCCAAGAAGGUGGCAGACUGGCUGCAGGAGAAUGCUAUGCCAGAAUACUGUGAGCCUCUGGAACAUUUCACAGGCCGCGACUUGAUCAACCUAACCCAGGAGGACUUCACAAAACCCCCCCUGUGCCGAGUCUCCUCCGACAGUGGGCAGCGGCUCUUGCACAUGAUAGAGACCCUGAAGAUGGAGCACCACUUGGAAGCACACAAGAACGGCCACGCCAAUGGGCACCUCUGCAUUGGCACAGACAUCCUCGCCCCUGACGGCAGCUUCAGCAUCAAGGUCAAACCCAACGGGAUGCCAAAUGGGUAUAGGAAGGAGAUGAUAAAGAUCCCCAUGCCAGAACCAGAGCGCUCCCAGUACCCCAUGGAGUGGGGCAAGACUUUCCUGGCCUUUCUUUAUGCACUUUCCUGCUUUGUUCUCACCACAGUGAUGAUCUCGGUCGUCCAUGAACGAGUACCUCCUAAGGAGGUGCAGCCUCCACUACCGGACACGUUUUUUGACCAUUUUAACCGGGUGCAGUGGGCCUUUUCUAUUUGUGAAAUUAAUGGCAUGAUCCUUGUAGGACUCUGGUUAAUUCAGUGGCUGCUCUUAAAAUACAAGUCUAUUAUUAGCAGAAGAUUUUUCUGCAUAGUUGGCACGCUGUACCUGUAUCGGUGUAUUACAAUGUAUGUAACUACACUCCCAGUACCCGGUAUGCAUUUCAACUGCUCUCCGAAGCUUUUUGGAGACUGGGAAGCCCAACUGCGGAGAAUAAUGAAGCUCAUUGCUGGCGGCGGCCUGUCCAUCACGGGCUCCCACAACAUGUGCGGGGACUACCUGUACAGCGGCCACACGGUCAUGCUCACGCUCACCUACCUAUUUAUCAAAGAGUAUUCCCCUCGACGACUGUGGUGGUACCACUGGAUCUGCUGGCUUCUCAGCGUGGUUGGAAUCUUCUGUAUUCUCUUGGCGCAUGACCACUACACUGUGGAUGUGGUGGUGGCAUAUUACAUCACCACAAGACUCUUCUGGUGGUACCACACUAUGGCCAACCAGCAAGUGCUAAAAGAAGCUUCCCAGAUGAACCUCCUGGCCAGAGUGUGGUGGUACAGGCCAUUUCAGUACUUUGAAAGGAAUGUCCAAGGCAUUGUACCUCGAUCUUACCAUUGGCCCUUCCCCUGGCCAGUAAUCCACCUCGGUAGGCAAGUUAAAUACAGCCGGUUGGUGAAUGACACAUAACAGCUGUACACGGUGGGGAAAGAGGAGCCGUCCGAAGUGCUAAGAACUCCAUGAGAAAAGAUGCCAUAAAAUGAACACCUCCCUUAUCCUGUUAUCUUUCAACAGUGACCUUGACUUAACCGAUUGAGUUACCUGGUCAGCACUGUGAUCUUUUUUUCUCUCCAAAGGACCCGCGUUGGACAACAAUAAAGAAAAUUUAACCUGUCGUGCACGGUACACAUUUCCUGUUCAUAGGCUUGGGAUUUACAUAACCUUGCAACCACCGUGUUCCUUUGUAUAUGAUGCAGCAGCAUAAAUGUAAGCUUUUAUAUCAUAAGUUCUGGUCUUUCCGGUCACACCUGGAAAUAAAGCGUAUUAUUUUCUUGGGAAAACAUACUUUUCAUAUCUCUUGCCCCAAAGAUUGGGCUGUAAGCCAUUUUCUAGCAAAUGUCUCUAUGAAGGUUUCUAAGUACCUGAAUGGGGUUCGAUUCUGAAAUCUUUCUACCUGUUGCACCGAUAUUCAAAUAAAAAUGACAGACACAGAAAGGUUUGGUAACUUUGGAUUUUGUAAAAAUCAGCAGAGACAGUGUGUCAAAAAGUGCAAAAAAAAAAAAAAAAGAUUCUGUUAUAAAGUGAUUUUCUAAGUAUUUCCUAACUUUAUUUUUCAAAAUGAUGUUAUGAAAACCAAAUUUAAAGAUUUUUACAUGUCAGAGAAAAGAGAGUUAAAAUUUAAAAAUGCUUCUUGGGAGAGAAAUUUGUCUAUGUUUCUAGUGCCUUUCUUGUCUUGAUUGUAUGGUCAGUAGGCAAUCUUCAAUGUUUUUAUUUAAAAUAAAGUAUUCCAUGAAAAUAUAAAUGUAUGUAUACACUACUAAAUUUUGCAUUAUAGCUAAAUUAAAUCAGAAGACUGCUUAUGGUUUUUAAAUUGCUAUGAAUUAAAGAAUGGGAGAGUUAAUUAGACAGUCAGAGCCUGUUCCCAUAUUGUGAGCAGGUGGCAAUGACAGGUACCACUUCAAUUAUUUUAUCAUCUAUUUGGUAGUUUGAUUUUAACUAUACAGUGAAAACAGCCAUGAAUACUUUGUUUUUAAAAAGAGAGUUUUGAAAAUGAUCACUUAACUAAAAACUGAAAGCUAUAAAUUAGUUAUCCAUACUCUCAUGGCAAUUUUGUUGGUAAACAACAAAGAAGAGAUCUAUUUCUUUAAAAUAUAUUUGUGCAGGAACUGCAUGUAACUCCUAAGUUUUACUCCUAACAUGAGUAUGUUUGGGGAAGUAUUCUAUUCUAUACUUGCCAAUGUGGAGAACAAAAUAGUUUUUUAAGAAUGAAGAAGUAUAUAUAUCCAUUCUGUAUUUUACGUGCAGCAGAAUUAUCUUCCGUAGGGUUUUUUUUGUGUAUUCACAAGGUAAUAUUUGUAUUGUAAAACAAUAAUGGUGAAGGAAAUAAAAAGGCUUUUAAAAUUUUGUUUGUUUUAAAUCUUUGUAAAGUUAUUAUUCCAGAGAGUAUACUGAUAUCUUAUUAACAGCUUACCUAGAUCAUAAAAUAAUCAAAAUGC